UUGGGGUUUUCGCCUGGCUUCUGAAUUCCCGUAAAUAUGGCCCACCACAUGGAAGCAGAACUUCUGGAUGGUGUGCGGUACGUUAAUUUGGACGAGAUUUCCCGAUGCUUGCAUUUGAGUGACUUCGACCGAUGCUACAGGCGGUCGACUCUCAUUCCUCACCGACUCAACAGCGAAAUUGUGGAUACCCGCUUCGUGAAACCUGUGCUGUGGUUCUCUCCGGCUAUGCCAUCUGAGUACCACAACAUGUACGGGAACGUUAGCUUCACGAUCUCAAUGAGUGACCUGUUGAGGAGUUUCUCGUUCAAUUUCUACUACAUUGACCGCAUUGAAUUUGAUACCCACACAUCGACGCGAGUGCUCUUCACUGAGAAAAACUAUGAUAACGUCUUCGAAACGAUAGACUUCAAGGAGUACGGUUCUCCGUUGAAACGAUCGCGUUGGAGGCAUGCUAUACAAUGCGAGUCUGGAUACAGCGACUAUCACAGCCACAAAGUCGAGAUUGCUAUUGAAGCCAACAGAGAAGAUCGAGAUUGGCUGUAUGAGAGCUGUGAUUUGGUUGCCAAUAAUCACUCAUGCGCCAACAUUCUUACAUUUUCUAACAAUCGUGCAAGAUACGAUCCACAUGUUUGCCAUCGUUAUAAUUUGUUUGGUAGGCCUUGCCCGUCGAAUUUCUUCCCUGAACACACCCGGUCAAUUCUUUGCUUGCAGUACUGCGUGCAAGAGACCAGUUACAACCGAUUCCAGAUACUAGUUUGAAGUUAUGGUUGAGUUUUUGCAGUUGGUCUAGUACGACUUAAAUUGUGUUUCUGAUCGGAUUUGACCCGCAUUGGUUCAGGAACUGAAGCAGAAGCAGCAAGCAAUACUGGAACGUAGAACUAAAUUGAAUUUCAUGGACAAAUAGUAAUACUUCCUGUGCAGAGGUAUUCGGUUAACGAAUAAGGAAAUGGUUAAAGUUUUGGUUCAUGUUUUGUUCACAGAAGAUCUAAAAUCGUGUCAUUUGACCGGAUCAU